UUGCCAUGAAAAAAUAGUUUUAGAAAUAUGUAAAUUUCGUAAGAAAUCAACUUUUUCAAUAUUUUUGAAUACCUCAGAAAGAUUUUCACUUUUAACAUAUAUCUACAUACAUAAACAUAUUUUUUCUAAAAAUUUUAACUGAGAAACUAGAAACGAAAUGGCAGCGCAGGACCCAAUCGACGUAUUCCCCGACAGUUGGAUUCAAAUCGGUGGACUGUUGCCGGUAUCAAGCCAUCCUGAGACAAAAAUGCGCAAACGACCGAAGCCAAAACUUAACCGUAGACAGCGUUCGGUAGCGUCUAAAACGAUGGUAAAAACAGCUAUUAAAACACUAAUGCGUAAUCCACGUGCUGGCGUCUCAUUUAUGGCAAUAAGAAAAUAUAUUGAAGAAAAUUAUUACAAGAAUUCCUUUUCGCAUGCGAACAAGCGAUUUUACUUCGUCAAGCGUUACAUUAGGAAUUCGCUCGAGAAGGGUGAACUUAUACGUACGAAAGGCACUGGCGUGUCCGGUUCAUUUCGUUUACCGUUCACGAAGCGUAUUCUUAAGAAAAAAUCAAACAACAAAAAGGGAAAUAUGAAUAAACGAAAACGUAAUACCAGGAACGCCAAAGAUAUUCGUAGAAAAGUUAGAAAACAAUUGAAAGAGAUGGAAAUGAAUGGUAGAUCACGUGACGGGCAAUUCAGCGGCGAAAACGCAGUUGAUGCAACUCUUUGUAACAUCAAGGAUCCGAAGCAGCCAAUAGACAAUGUUAUGAGUAAACUGAAUGUCACUUGAAAGGUAACCCAUCGCCGAUCUAAUUAUAACCGCAAUUAAGACAUCAAGACCUCGGCGAUUUAAAAAAUAAUAUAUGUAUGUAUGUAUAUUUUUUAUAAAAAUGAACCACUUUCUCUGCGUGAGUUUUUUUCAAUUAUAUUAUGCUAUUAUACAAUACAAAUGUUCACAACAGUUUUUUGGCUAAUACUUAAUGAUAGAACAAUUUGGAGGCAAGUUGUAAAGAUCUUACAAAAAACAAGGAAAAUAACUUCGGUUGUACCGAAGCUAUAUAAAAUACUCUUCAUAAAUACUAAAGUUUUCCAUGGAAGAACUUUAUUUUAAACGCUGAGUUUGUAUGACAUAUGUGCUUUAGUAUCGGUGAUGUUAUCGUUACCUAGGACAAGAAUCCAAACCAAAUUUCUUGCAAGAUAUUCUCUCAAAUAAAAACUAUUGUAUAUACAAGAA